UUAAAUCUAUAUAUGAUGACGUUUGCACAUGUUGAAAUGUAUAAAAGCACAUGGGUGCCGCACACAACUACAGACUCAACUGAUUCUUACGUGAUAGACUCAAUCAUCAACACAUAUAUCUACAAGCUAUCUUCAGAGGGCGUCUGGUGUUAGCGCGCUUGAAAGGCGGUAAACAUGCAUGAAAAAAAGGCCAUUCUUUUGAUGCUACUCAUAUUACAUGAUGGAAGAACAAGCAGACUAUUGCCACCUACAAUGCAAUUGUCAAUACAACACGGCCAGAAGACAAGUUUCCAUUGGAAAAACGUUCCUUGAACAUGGAAGCGCCAUUAAAGUAUCAAUUUGGUGCCACAAAAACGUCGAAAAUGGCUACUUACCAACACGGAACAUUUGAACGGACGAACGUGAAAACCCUUCAGCAUCCUUCUAGACAAGGCACAGCACUUCGACUUAAUCAGGGAAAUUUUGACGAUAUGCAAAAUAUUGCAAUGAAUAAUUUACAAAAUAAUCAUAAUGGCAGCGAACGUGUGCAAGCUUUACGUCGACUUGCCAAACGGAGUCUUGAUCUAUUUACAGCAAUUGAAGUAUCUGUUCAAAUAAUUGGGGCAAUUAUCGGAGCAAUGAUCCCUAUUCCUGUUCUAGGAGCAAUUGCUUCAGUUGGUAUAGGAGCUGCAUUUAACAUCAUUGCUGAUGUAUCUCGGGCUUCGAUGGUGACACCGGUCCAAAACUAUUUAACAAGUAUAAGGCAAAAUUUGAAAGAACAAGCCAUUUCGAGUAUGAAAAUGAAGCUGAGAUCGUAUGCACGACAGAUAGGAAGUAUUUUUGAUUUGUUUGGAUUGCCUAUGCUUUCAGUUGAAGCAGCAGUAAGAUCAAUUAAGCAAACCCGUGACCUUACCAGUAACGAAGUUAUUCAAACACUUUACACAAUUAACAGAACGAUGUAUGCUUCGCAUCUGAGAGAAAUAGACAUUAGUAUUAAUGCAUUCCUAACAGACAUUGAAAACGAUGACAAUGUUUUUCUCUUUGUGGACGAUCCUACCGAUAGUAUAGUUUUUCUUCAAGAAUUUUGUAUGAUGAAACUUACGACUUUCAGUGCAGCCCUUGCACUGCGGAAACAUUUGGGUUACGGGACAGCGUUUAUCAGCAACCUACAAUCACGAGCUAAAGACGCGGCUAAAGGCUGUUAUAAAUUUGCACAAUGGGCUAUUCACAAAACUGCUGGUAAUGUUGAAGAUACUUCAGUAUUUCAGACAAAUGUAUAUAACAACUUUUUAGAAAAUGUUAAAAGUAAGUUUAAUCUUGAUCUUUUUUCUUCGAUCGGUGACGUUGACAUUCGUGAAACGUAUUUGAAACAUGGGGAUAUAAUAUCAUUGAAAUCCACCUCCGGUAACAACAACAACAAUGACAAACGUUGGAUGAGUUGCUGGGGUUCUGGAAGAUGGUGUGAAAUGCGUUCAUGCACUGGGCCAAUGGCUCCGUUCGAAACAGGGAGUCAAUACGAAUUCGGAGCCGCAUGUCGAGGAGAGAUAUUCUGGAUCUUUGGAUUGGGAAGGUACCCCAAUCAAAAAAUACUGACAUGUGAUACUGUCGGUCUACGAUACAGCGUUUGGGGGGAUGACCAUUAUUGGCUCAGUAAAGACAUUUCCAUUCUUAAUGGAUGGUAUACUACUUUCAGUUAUCAAAAGUAUAAUACUCACACAUGCCCUGGUGACAGUUUCGAAAGAAAUAUCAACUGGAGUGGAUGCAUCAUGGAACAGUUUGAAAUACAAGUUGAAGGAAAACGAUGUGGCCAGAAUGUGGACGACAGGGAUGCUAUACAGUUGAAAAGCUUGAGUGGUGGACUAUAUGUGUCAGUGGGGCAAUAUGGAUGGAUAAUGGCCGAAUAUUAUAAACCGGUAUAUCCAUGGCGACUGUAUAUCCAUGAUUCUCCAAGAGUGGAACCAUAUUAACAAACUAUUACUUCCAUUUCUCAUUGAGGUUUAUUCACUUUGAAAUCAGUUAAAAUUUCAUUUGAUGGACAAAACUGAUAUGUACGAGUUAGCUUACGAAAACUGUUACAGGUUCUAAAUUGACUUUUCCAACAAUAAAACCAAAUGAUUAAUACUUUAUAACUGUAUUAUAACAGCUUAAUUUAAUAUCGUGUGUUAUGUGUGUUGUUUUGUGCUGUGCUGUUCGGCAUAUGGUCCCUUGUUGUAACUAAAGGACCAGGCGCGGUUGAUGAUGUGAAUGGUAUGUUGUUGGGGCAGCUGAAGUUUCACUUUUGUAUACUUUAUUUUUUUUUAUGAUGUAUGUAAUAUGUUAACUAUUGCUUUUAUUAAAUUUUAAGAAUC